ACUGGCACCUAAGCACCCCGCCGCCCACCCCCUCGUCCAUUUGUUUACAAAACAGAAUCGGCGCGGCAGAGUUUGCUGCCCAACACACCACACGCCACACACAGUGAGAUCAUCAUGUUGGGAGAAAAGGCACUGGAACUGAUCAAGGAAAUGGAGCGGUCAAAGGAUGGGAAGCUGCCUGCUUACAAUGAUAAUUGUGUCCGACUCGUCCUGGAAGAAAUGACUGCACUUUUUCAGCAAAAUCAGGAUGACGUGAACGCAACAGUAGCUGGUGAGGCACAGUACUACCCAGGAAUACGUUUGCGUCAUGCAUCCUUAGAAAGGAACAAGAGAUGUUUGUUGGCAUACCUAUAUAACAGGCUGGAGAGAAUAAGAGACUUAAGAUGGGACUUUGGAAACAUUUUGCCACCUGAGAUUCGAGAAAAUCUUUGUGAUCCCGAGAUUGAGUGGUUUGCUCGCUACAGCAAAAACCUAGCAACCUAUUCAAGGUCACUGGGGGAGGGUAGUGGUCUUGACCUCACACAUGAUAUCAAACCUCCAAAAAACAUCUAUGUUGAGGUGCGCUGCCUCAAGGACUAUGGGGAGUUUGAGGUAGAGGAAGGGGAUGUAGUGGUGCUGCAAAAAAACACCACGCACUACCUGCCCAUGAGCAGUUGUCAGCAUCUCAUUCGUCUAGGUGUACUACAACAGGUGGACUGAUGAGUGUAUUAACAACAUGUGAAUGAAUAACCAAGAAGUGAUCUUGUAUUAUCUUUGUGGGGGCAAUUUUGGUACAAACUCUCCCAGGUUUCUAAAGUGAAUACUUGUAUUACUUCCAAAUAAAUGUGUAUUUUCCA